CACUAACAAUUUUGUUCAUUUUUUUGUCUUUUCUUUGCUGAUCCCUUCGGUGACAUAAACGUUUUGAAUAUUCGCGUACUCUUAUAUAUGUUCUCGUCUUUACAAGGUACUGAAGGACUUUGUCUGGAAUAUCUGAGGGGUAAGUCGACUCUUUUUUUACCAUCCUAACAACUUUUUGAAUGACAAGAUCUUCUUCAGAAAAGUCAUCACCGUGAAAGCGUACGAAACAUUGCUCCACUAAUUUACCAACGUGCAACAAAGUCUUGGACGGUUGUGUAAGGUAACCUUUCGAAAUGGUGUUAACCCAACUGUGGUCAUUACUGUUUAUUAUAUCCUUUGUUCGUUCACCUAAUAAUGGAUAUAUAUUUUUAAAUCGGUGCGCGACGUAUCCUGCAACGUACUCUAUACCAGCAUCUUGACUGAUAUCCGAGGCAUUUUGACAGCCGAGAGUUGGCGGAGGACCUUUAAAAUAGUGAUUGAUAAACCUUGUCAAUUCUUCGUCUUCUUCGUGUGUGUCAGUGCAUAUAUCUACUCCCGUUUCGUCAAAAAUCCCACUUUCAAAAAUAUACAAAGAAGAGCACCCGAACCGAAACGCGUCCGUAACGGUCGGAUGGUUCGUCGGAACUCAUAUACGACUGUAUAUAGACAGCAUGCCGACCUGUUGCAUCAAAAACUGUAGGAAUCGCAGUUCUUGUGUAUUUAGUGACAAUUUAAUGUUUUAUACGUUCCCUAAAGAUACCGAUUUAUGUCGAAAAUGGCUCAAGGCUUGUGGUAUAAAUGUCAAUUCUCAGAUUAAACAUGAACGGGUAUGCGAAGUGCAUUUCAAAACAGAACACAUAGAAAGGCAACUGACGAAGCCACGGUCAAACAGAAUCCAACGUGUAAUUAAAAGACUAAAAAAGGGAUCUGUACCAACUGAAUUUCUGAAUUUACCGAGUGGACGAAAGAAGCGAAUAUAUUCGUUUCCACAAUCUUGCAUCAAUAAAUCACAAAAAAAAUUAAUUCGUACUGGCGUUCCAACCUAUGCUGAACUCGUUGUCUACAGCAAGGAUGCUGUAGAUGCAUCAGAUUUGACGAAAGUUCAAGCAAGUUCAGUAGAAGACAACGUACGAGAAGAAAACAUGGACUUGACUGAAGGAAAUGAACGAGAAGUUGAAGAUUCAAACUCAUCAACUGUUGACAUGCUCUUAGCGCGCCUAAAAGAAGUAGAAGAGGAAAAUACUGAAUUAAAAGCACGGUUGCGUCAGAAGUGUAUAGCAAUGGACUGCAUGAAGAAGGACAUACAAAAGUAUAAAAACUUUGCGACUAACAUUCUUUAAAAAGUAUAAAUAACCGCGAAAGUAUAUCUGAAAAUUAAGUACAAAUUUCCAACGGAGGUGAUCGCAUGUUUGGUGCGAACCAGAUCGUACAUUAAAUUGCGCAAUAUAAAUAUACAAAUAAAAACUAAUAAUAUAAGAAGAAAAGAAAGAA